AUGUCGUUAAAAACCAUGAGUAGUCUCCAAACCGAUGGAGCAAAUAAAAAGUAUGCAAAAGCAACCAAAAAGAUAAAUUUUUUAGCGAAAUUUGCCAAAUAUUUGGUGAAUAAUCAAAUAGAUUUUCCUGUACGAAUUAUAGCGCUCCUUUCAUUAAUGUAUUUACUUAAAUUUCCCGGAGCAGACAAGUUCUUUCUCCUUCAACAUGAAGAUCCAAAAACGGGACUUUAUAAGAAGGGAAGAGAUGACGUGUAUUUUGUUUUCACGUGGGUUGUUCUUUUUACUUCCUUACGUGCAGCUACAAUGAAAUAUUUAUUGUCACCCAUAGCAAAACUUUGUGGAAUAAAGAAAAAUACUCAACAAAUAAGGUUUGCUGAACAAGGAUGGUCAUUUUUAUAUUAUUCCAUUUUCUGGACACUUGGUAUGUAUGUAAUGUCCAAAUCACCUUAUUGGUUUGAUACCACAUAUUUUUGGAAAGGUUAUCCACAUAUUGAAAUGUCGGGCCUUUUCAAGUGGUAUUAUCUGGUGCAAUUAGCUUUUUGGAUUCAACAAGUUUUCGUCAUUAAUAUUGAAAAGAGACGAAAAGAUUUUGUCGAAAUGGUGGCCCAUCAUGCGAUUACCAUCUCAUUGAUUUAUUUUUCUUAUUUAAUGAACUUUACUCGAAUUGGAAAUGCUGUUUUAUGUACUAUGGAUUUUGUGGACCUUAUAUUACCAUUCGCUAAAAUGCUAAAAUAUUGUGGAUUCAAUGUAGUUUGUGAUUAUGUUUUUGGAUUCUUUAUGCUAUCAUGGGUGGUGACACGCCAUUACUUCUAUGGAUGUAUAAUAUAUAGCACAUGGACUGAGCCUCAACAAUUAAUAGAAUUUAAAUGGGCACCAGAGGAAGAAUAUUAUGUAACAGAAAAUUCUAUGGGAUUUUUUUUGACUCUUUUCUUAUUUUUACAGGCAUUAAUUUAUUUUUGGUUUUAUUUGAUUUGUCGUGUCGCGUAUCGAGUAAUCAAGGGGGAUAAUGCACAUGAUAAUCGAAGUGAUUCUGAAUGGGAAGAAACCGAAGCAAAUACUAAUUUUGCAAAAGAGAUAAAGAACGAAUAA